GUUACGAGGCGGGGGUGGCACUGCAGCGCCGAAGGGGUGGGGCGCACGCUGGAUCCUAAGUGGAGUGGGAGCGCGAAGAUGGCCACGGCAGAGGAGGAGCCGAAGCCCAAAAAGCUGAAGGUGGAGGCGCCGCGAGCGCUGAGUGAAAAUAUUCUCUUUGGAAUGGGAAAUCCUCUUCUCGACAUCACUGCUGUAGUGGAUAAGGAUUUCCUUGAUAAGUAUUCUCUUAAAGCAAAUGACCAAAUCUUGGCUGAAGACAAGCACAAGGAACUGUUUAAUGAACUUGUAAAAAAAUUCAAAGUCGAAUAUCAUGCUGGUGGUUCUACCCAGAAUUCAAUGAAAGUGGCCCAGUGGAUGAUUCAGAAGCCACACAAAGCAGCAACAUUUUUUGGUUGCAUUGGGACAGAUAAAUUUGGGGAGAUCCUGAAGAGAAAAACUGCCGAAGCGCAUGUGGAUGCUCAUUACUAUGAGCAGAAUGAGCAGCCAACAGGAACUUGUGCUGCAUGCAUCACUGGUGGCAACAGGUCCCUUGUAGCUAAUCUUGCUGCUGCCAAUUGUUAUAAAAAAGAAAAACAUCUUGAUAUGGAGAAAAAUUGGAUGUUAGUAGAAAAGGCAAGAGUUUAUUAUAUAGCAGGCUUUUUUCUUACCGUUUCUCCAGAGUCGGUGUUAAAAGUGGCUCAGCAUGCUUCUGCGAACAACAGAAUUUUCACUUUGAACCUGUCUGCACCAUUUAUUAGUCAGUUCUACAAGGAACCAUUGAUGAAAAUUAUGCCUUAUGUUGACAUACUUUUUGGAAAUGAGACAGAAGCUGCCACUUUUGCUAGAGAGCAAGGCUUUGAGACUGAAGACAUUAAAGAGAUAGCCAAAAAGACCCAAGCUCUGCCAAAGGUGAACUCGAAGAGGCAGCGAGUCGUGAUUUUCACCCAAGGGAGUGAUGACACUAUAAUGGCUACAGAAAGUGAAGUCACCGCUUUUGCUGUCUUGGAUCAGGACCAGGAAGAAAUUAUUGAUACCAAUGGAGCCGGAGAUGCAUUUGUUGGAGGUUUCCUGUCUCAACUGGUGUAUGACAAGCCGCUGACUGAGUGCAUCCGUGCUGGCCACUAUGCAGCAAGCGUCAUAAUUAGGCGGACUGGCUGCACCUUUCCCGAGAAGCCCGACUUCCACUGAGGAGGCACAGGAAACCCAGGUCAGGGGGCACAGAUACUGCCCCACUGCUUCCUGGGAAUCCCCAGCGUAACACAGAAGAAAAUGAUCUGCCACCUUUUCCUACAUAAUAAUGGUCAAUCUUAACUUAGAAUGUGUAGUAAUGCUCAGUAGAAUCUUUAUUCUCUCAACAAACUCAGAAAUGAUUGUUUAUUUCCAUAGUGUGAUAGUGCCACUUAAAUGUCAAUUAAACAGGAAUAUAACAUUUCAAUAGAAAUUUUUAUUUCAUUUUCAAUUACUUUGUAAAUUCAUGUGUAUUUAGCAAAUUGAUCAGGUUUUUUUACAUUUCUGCUUUGAAUGCAGGUGCAAUUUAAUAUAAUAGAUAUUUUUAAAGGAAUUAACCCUAACACAUCAAUCUUUAGCUUUUUAUACAAGUAUAUUUAAUUUAGGGAUGUGUGUGUGUGUGUGUGUAUGUGUGUGUGUGUACACACAUUCAUACAUAGAUGUACCACAUAUACACACAAUAAAUAGCCAAAUAAGGUACAGAAAUAUUUACCUUGCCAAGUUAUGCCAAAUCAUCUCUUCAGUGUAUAAUCAAAUAUAUCAUAAACUUUGGAUAAUUAAAUAACUUGCCAAAUUAUAAAUUAUAAUAUUCAAAUCAUAAUCUUAUAUUUACUUAUGGUACUCUGUAAUUUGAUACAAAUAAAAGCUUGUGAUAUGGGAAUUUUUUCUGUCUUUGCUCUGUCAGUACUCAACAAACUGAGAAAGAAAAAUCAUUAUUUAAUAUUGAUCCCUGAAAUGAUAUCGAAUUUGUUACUGGAGAUAGAAGAACAAUAUAACACAUUGAAAAAUAAUAAUAUUGGAGACCAAAACAUCACUGUUUUAAGGAAGAUGAAAUGGUA